AUGGCGACUGAAGCGACCUUGGAUAGACCUUUGAACGAAGCUCAUCCCCCAAAUGAACAUGGCUUGCAGCUUUUUGAGAAAUGUGCAGCGACCAUUCGCCACGAGUUGGUUAAGCUUAGACGUCAUUGGGACAAGCACGAGCCAAAAAUGUUUUCAAGAGCAAAGUCCAUCUCAGACCAAGAAAUUUCCCGUUUCAAUGUCAAGGAUGACCUCGUUUUGAUCAGGUCGGGUAAAACAUCGUACGGGGCUGUCGUCUUCGGGAAAAUCAGACUUUCUGCCCUCAUGGAUGAUGAAGGGGAGGGAUUCAUACAUGUCCGGCUACAUGAUCCACCCGGUGAGGGUAAGCAAGACGCAAUUUUUCACUCAAUCUUAACAGACGAGGUCAAAGAUGGGAAUACCGGGCGCAUCAUAUCCUACAGAGCAAUUAUGAGAAAGGAAGACCCCUUGGUUUGGUUCGAUGAGUAG